AUGAAGGACGACACAGACGCCAUCAAGGCGAAAAUCCAGGAUCAUUUGGUGUCCCUGGGAAACUACGAGAUUAUUUCCAAGCAGCUUAAGCUCAAGUUGUACGAAGCUGGCUGGUUUGAUGAGAUCUCUCAGGUCGCCAGUAAAGAGCUUCAGAAGCCAGGACUGGAGGAGAUGAAUUUUGAAAACUUGUAUAAUUUUUUGAGGCCCAAGGCUGAGGAGAAGGUGCCUGAGUCUGUGAAGGAGGAUGUUUUGAACAGGAUCAAGGAGUACCUUGACGAUGCGAUCCAGUAUGUCUCUCCAACACCGCUACCAUCACAUCUUUUCACACAAAUGUUGCCGGUUGUUAGAAACUCGCUUGCGGCGAUCCCUAAAACACAAGCCCUCGGGGCUCUCCGCAUCCAGGCUCUCCGCUUGGCCUCCACCAAGCAGAUUGGUGGUGGAGGAGUUCCUGCCAAAGACUUGACCCCAAGAAAGUUGGACACAGACUUCACCCUCAUGUCCCAGAAAACUGCAUCGUCGCCAGUCGACUACGCCUUGACGUCGCUCGACGCCAUUGCCAUGUGGGCGAGAAAAUCGUCCUUUUGGCCCGUCACUUUCGGUUUGGCCUGCUGUGCCGUGGAGAUGAUGCAUGUCUCUGCUCCCAGAUAUGACCAGGAUAGAUUGGGUAUUAUUUUCCGUGCCUCGCCACGUCAGUCGGAUAUUAUGAUUGUGGCCGGUACUGUCACCAACAAGAUGGCUCCAGCAUUGAGACAGGUGUACGACCAGAUGUCUGACCCUAGAUGGGUUAUUUCCAUGGGCUCGUGCGCCAACGGAGGCGGCUACUACCACUACUCCUACUCGGUGGUCAGAGGCUGUGACCGUCUUAUUCCCGUGGACAUCUACGUGCCCGGCUGUCCUCCUACGGCCGAGGCCUUGAUGUACGGUGUUUUCCAGUUGCAGAAGAAGAUGAUGAAGACGAGAAUCACCCGUAUGUGGUACAGAAACUAA